GUCCUCGAGGUGGUUAGUUAGUUUCUUUCAACAAUGUUUCUUCACCGACACGGAACCUUCCUUCUUCUUUUCUUCUUCUGCUUCUACUGCAGACUGUAUGUGCCAAGGUGUGUGUGUGUGUGUGUGUGUGUGUGUGUGUUAAUAGAGUUCACGCUACCACUAGGUACUGUAAGUAUACCCCAUAUCUUUGCUGGCUUACUUACUUGCGGGUUGGUUUAGUUACUUGCUGGCUUGGCCUAGGCCUAGGGGU